GCGGUUCUCGACCGCAGCUUUGCCCUAGAGCUGCCGCCGUGCCGUAGCUUGGUCUCACCGCCGACGCCUAACCCCCAGCUCCUCCGCCCCUCACGCGAGGCGCGUCACCUCCAACUCCUCCGCUUCUCACGCGCGGCGCCGCGUCCCUGCAGUCGCCACCCCGUCUGCAACCUCGGCGCCAUUGGUUUCUGAGGUCUAGCCUGGAGCGGAGCUCUUGCUGUUUCCGGGGAAGCUUGGGCAGAAAUCAUGGCAAACCUUGCUGAUUCUUUCCUGGCCGAUCUUGACGACCUGUCAGACAAUGAAGCCUAUCCUGAAGAAGACAAUGCUGAGGCAGCGGGUGUGGAUGAGGAUGGUGAUGAUGACAUGCUUGACCUUGAGGCCCUAAAUUAUGAUGAUCUAGACAGCGUCUCAAAGCUGCAGAAGACGCAACGUUAUAUUGACAUAAUACAAAAAGUCGAAGGAGCACUUGAGAAAAACAUAGACUUAUCUAAUCAAGGAUUCAUUCUAGAGGAGGAUCCAGAGUACCAGCUUAUUGUUGACUGCAAUGCUUUAUCAGUAGAUAUUGAGAAUGAGCUCAUUAUAAUCCACAAUUUCAUACGCGACAAGUAUAGGCUGAAGUUUCCUGAGCUGGAAUCCCUUGUUCAUCAUCCGAUUGAUUAUGCCCGUGUUGUUAAGAAGAUUGGAAAUGAGAUGGAUUUAACCCUGGUAGAUCUGGAAGGGCUUUUACCUUCUGCAGUUAUAAUGGUUGUCUCCGUUACAGCAUCAACAACUAGUGGGAAGCCUCUUUCUGAGGAGAAUUUGGUGAAAACAGUUGAAGCAUGUGACAGAGCCCUAAAUCUUGAUGCCGCAAAGAAGAAGGUGCUUGAUUUUGUAGAGGGUAGAAUGGGUUACAUUGCACCAAACCUCUCUGCCAUUGCUGGCAGUGCUGUUGCUGCAAAGCUGAUGGGAAUUGCUGGUGGUUUGGGAGCACUUGCAAAAAUGCCUGCUUGCAACGUUCAGUUACUUGGAGCAAAAAAGAAAAAUCUUGCUGGGUUUUCUAGUGCCACAUCUCAGUUUCGUGUUGGCUAUCUUGAACAUACAGAAGUAUUUCAGAGCACCCCUCCAGCCCUGAGGACACGUGCUUGCAGACUUAUAGCUGCAAAGUCAACUCUAGCAGCAAGGAUUGAUUCAAUUAGAGGCGAUCCAACUGGAAAAGCUGGUCGGAACUUGUUAGAAGAAAUCCGUAAGAAGAUUGAGAAGUGGCAAGAACCACCUCCUGCAAAGCUUCCAAAACCACUUCCUGUUCCAGACUCUGAGCCUAAAAAGAAGAGAGGCGGUCGCCGUCUUCGAAAAAUGAAAGAAAGAUAUGCGGUGACUGAUAUGAUGAAGCUUGCGAACCGGAUGCAGUUUGGUAUCCCGGAAGAGAGCUCAUUAGGUGAUGGCUUGGGAGAAGGUUAUGGCAUGCUCGGGCAGGCUGGAAGUGGGAGACUACGUGUCUCAGCUGCACAAAACAAACUUGCUGCUAAAGUGGCCAAAAAAUUCAAGGAGAAGAGCUAUGGUAGCAGUGGCACGACAUCUGGAUUGACAUCUAGUUUGGCCUUUACACCAGUUCAGGGAAUAGAGCUGUCGAACCCACAGGCCCAUGGAAACCACCUUGGAAGUGGAACCCAGAGCACCUAUUUCUCUGAGACCGGCACAUUCUCGAAGAUCAGUAGGCCCUGAGAUUACAAGUCAAAAUCAGAAGACCCGAGCUUAGAAGAGAGUAUAGUAGGCCCCUGGUUUCAACAAUAUGCAAGUGGUGACGGCAGCACAGGUGAAGUUUGGAGUCUUAAUUUUUAGGGUGAAAAUCCAAGGUCUGGUUUUAACUGGUUGUGCCUCGCAAUAAUCUUGUUGAAGGCAUUGAUUUGAGAGCGAGGACUAUCUUUAGGGUGAUCGGCGACGAAAGCGCUUGUGCACUGUGUCGAUUUUGGAGAGCCUGGAGUUCAGAUGUUGUCUUGGUGGUGAAAGUAUUAUUGCUGCUAGGGCUGGAAUACUGUAGUUGACAGCUUUUGGAAUGCACCAACACAAAACAAGUUUGUAAUAUUAUGAGUUUAUUUCUGGGUCUAUGCACAAAUUUCAGGAAGUAUCGCAAGGUUACAGUUAGUGCUUUACAACAUCACAAUGUCUAAUGUGAGGCACAACAGAACAUUAACUAUGUUUCGAACCUGUAUAAUCUUUCUAGUUAUACUGGAAAUUGAGCUGUUGAGCUGUCUUGUAUGCAACUCAUGCGUUCGGAGCAUGCAGUUACUGUACGCCGCAAGUUGAGCUCAACAUAAAUAGUUGUCCUUUUCUUGUUUGAA